AACACUAAACCAUACAACAAAAAACAUGAAGAUCCUCUCACUUUCACUUCUCUUGCUCUUGGCCGCUACGGUCUCCCACGUCCGGUCUUCAGCAUCCGUUCCAGGGCUCAUCGAGCUCCUUAAGUCGGACAACAUCUUGGCGAACGAAGCCGAGAUCUUAGAGAAAGAGCAGCUUUCCAUCAGCUACCCCAACUGCAGAAGCUGGCAGCUUGGUGUUGAGACCUCUAACAUCAGAGACUUCGACACGGUCCCCGCAAACUGCAAAGACUACGUUAAAGACUACUUAACCACUUCCAAACAGUACCAAUACGACUCCAAAACUGUGUGCAAAGAGGCUUACUUCUACGCCAAGGGACUUGCCCUAAAGAACGACACUGUCAAUGUUUGGAUCUUUGACCUAGACGACACCCUCCUCUCUAGUCUUCCCUACUACGCUCAACAUGGAUACGGGACUGAGAAUCUAGAUGCGGGGGCGUACUGGACGUGGAUAGGCACCGGAGCAUCAACACCGGGACUCCCGGAGACGUUGCAUCUUUACCAAAACAUCUUAGAACUCGGGAUUGAACCAAUCAUCCUCAGUGACCGAUGGAGGAUGUGGUCAAACGUCACUGUCGAGAAUCUCAAGGCUGCUGGUGUGAGCAACUGGAAGCAUCUCAUAUUCAAGCCAAACAACUCGAAGUUGAGGCAAGUGGUGUACAAGUCAAAGGUGAGGAAUAGCUUAAUGAAGAAAGGAUACAACAUUGUUGGCAAUAUUGGAGACCAAUGGGCUGAUUUGGUUGAGGACACCCCUGGGAGGACUUUCAAGCUACCUAACCCACUCUACUACGUACCUUCUUAAGCAUCUCUCUCUGCACCUACUUCGUAUCUAUGUGUCUUUUCGUUAAUCUUUGUAGCCGGCUUGGCGCUUGCCAUGCACUGGUAAAAUAAUAUGUCACCAUCCUAUCACAACUCAUGAAUAAAUUUUCGUUUUUUUUUUCUUUAUAA